GUCGCAACGCCGCCGCCACUGUGUGAUCACCAUAGCGAUCGACAACGCCGUCUAUUGAAUCUUCGGUCAAAGAAUUGUGAUUAAUUUAUUUUAUUUUGGUUGAUCGGUCAAACCGACAGCGAGAUUCUUGUAUGUAAUGGAUAAUCAGAGAGUAUGCAAAUUAAAGUUCAGAAAACGAAAGGCAGCACCGAACGUAACGUUUUGCAUGAAAACAGAGAGAAAUGCGUCGAAUAAAAAAAUAUUAGAAAUAAUUCAAAAACCAUUAUCUGAGCGAACCAUUGAUGACAAAGAAAUUCUUAAUACAUGUAAAGAUACAGUACAGAAGAUAUCUCAAAGGUUGGAUAGACAAAAAAAAUUAAAAGAGCGAUGUCAAGAAUUUGAAGACCCAAUUGAAAUACUAGAUAAAAAAUGUGAAGAACUUGCAAAGGCUAUUUCGUCUGCAUCCAAUUUAGUAGUUUAUACUGGUGCAGGAAUAAGUACGGCAGCUAAAAUACCUGAUUAUAGAGGCUCAAAUGGAAUAUGGACAUUAUUAGAUCAAGGAAAAGAUAUUGGAUGUCACGACUUAAGUCAAGCAGAACCAACCUUAACGCAUAUGGCAUUAUAUCGAUUAUAUCGUGAAGGAUUACUCGGGCAUGUCGUUUCUCAAAACUGUGAUGGGUUGCAUUUGAGAAGUGGUCUACCAAGACCAGCAUUGUCAGAAGUUCAUGGUGAUAUGUUUAUUGAGGUAUGCAUCAAUUGUAAGCCAAACAGGCAUUAUUUACGAAUGUUUGAUGUAACUGAACAUACAGCAAGAUUUAAUCAUAAAACUCUAAGAUUAUGUUAUGCUUGUCACAAACCUUUGAAAGAUACAAUUGUUCAUUUUGGAGAACGUGGUAAACUCCAAUGGCCAAUUAAUUGGUCAACAGCUUGUAAACACGCAGAAAAAACUGAUGUAAUUUUGUGUUUAGGAUCCAGUUUAAGGGUUUUGAAAAAAUAUCCAUGGCUCUGGUCCAUGGAUAGACCAGCUAAGAAAAGACCAAAGUUAUAUAUUGUGAAUCUUCAAUGGACUCCUAAGGAUGAUCAAGCUACUUUAAAAAUAAAUGGUAAAUGUGAUGAAAUUAUGAAAAAAGUAAUGUCAAUCUUGAAUUUGGAUAUUCCUAAGUAUCAACGUUGUCUGGAUCCUAUAUUUCAUCAUGCCACAAUGUUGGUAGCAGCUGAAGAACAUACAACAGUACAUCCUGUUUUAGCUGUUCCAACUGAUGAUGUUCAAAAAACCGAUUCAAGUACAAUAACAAAAUGUGAAAAAGUAGAAUUAGAUAUAAGUAAUAAUAAAAAUAAUACCAAAAUGUGUUCAGGAUCAAAAGACCUAAUUCAACCAGUUGAUCUCAGUUUAGUAAAAUUAGAAAAUAAUAAAUCCAUAGUUGAUCAAAGUGAAUCAAUUAAUUCUCCGUCGUGUUCAAAUAUGGAUAUUGUUCCAAAUUUAAAUAAUUUUUGGAGGCCUUUUAUUGAAGGUGUAGAUCCAAAUUCAUUGGAAGGUCGCAAUAUGCUCUCAUUGGUUGAACCAAUAGUACCAUACUUAAAUCCAUUUUUUAUCAAUAAUAUGGAAACUUUAGGAUUGUCUCCAACGCCUGUUGAUCAGUUUUACAAGAACUUUGUAUAUCAAGCAUGUAUUGGAUUAGCUGCUGUUGAAAAAUUACAAAUAGAAAAAAAACUGACAAACAAUUUAAAAAAAAAGAAAAAAGAUAUUAAUGAAGAUAAAGAUGAUAUUAAAAAAACAGAUGUUUCUAUAAGUCGAUAUUGUACAUUUUGUCAUCCAGUUUAUGGUUCAACUAAAUGUCUAUUUUAUCAUAAAUAUGAGUCAAAGUUCAAAGAAAAUGUAGCCAAUUGUCUGUGUUGUGAUGAUGAUACAGAUGAAGAAGAUGAAAAUGAACUGAAAACUGAAGAUAUAGCUGAUAAGAAUGAUGAAGUUAUAGAAAAAGCCAAAGUUACUGCAGGUUGGUUUGGGAAAGGUUACAAGAAAAGAAUUAAAAAAAAGAAAUAGGUAUAAUAAUUUAAUUUAAAAUUAGUUAUUCUCAUUAUUUCUUUACCUUCCAGUAUUUAAGUUAAGUUGUACUAAAAUUGUAAGGUUGUAUAAUUCUAAGAAUAUCCAUAGUCUUAUAAGUAUUUAUCUGGUAACAUUUAUGAUUUAUGUUUACUCAGGCAUGAAACUUAUAUCAUCAUAUUUUUUAUAUUAAAAUCAUCUUUAGAAUUGGCUUAGUUUUUUAUAAUUUAAAAUUUGAAUCUAUUCUUACCUGUCCAGAAUUUUAAUUUAUAAUGUCCUAAUCAUAUUUUCAAUUUUUUCAUUCUUCUGUUUAUUGAUUAAUGAUUAUUUAAUAAUUUUCAUUUACACUAUUAUUAUUGUAUUAGAAAAGUAUUUUUUCUAAUGAGAUUUAAAUAUGGUUUACUGAAGUGCAAUAAUAAUUUGUUGUGAUUUAUUCAUUUUUUAUUUUUACUAUUAUUUAUCGAUGUUUUUUUUUCUUUUGUGCUUUUACAAUUUUGCUAGAUAAUAAAACACGUCUUCAUUGUUUCAAAUACAGUUGUACUAAAUGUUUUAAUAUAUAUAUAUUAUAAAAUAUUGUUUUAAAAGUAAUGUCCUUUCCAACUCAUUGAUUUUUAUUGGUAAUGGUUUUUAUAUUAUAUUAUAAUAAAUUAGUAUUAUUCUAUUAUAAUAUGUAACUAAUUCACUGAAUUAACUUUUAAAGACAUAACUUGCUGUAUUCCUUGGUAUCUAUUAUUGUUUAUGACAACUGGAAUAUUGAGUAUAAUGGAUGAUGGUGCAUUUACAGAAUUUGUAUUCUAGCCAUACAACUCAAUCAAAUGUAAUUUUUUUUUAAUCUGAUAUAUUUUCAUAAGUAUAUUAUGUUGGAAAACCAUUUUACGCUUCAUAGUAUUGGUCUUUUGUCUAUGUUUGGUAGUUUGUUACAAGUUUAACAUUGUUGGAUUUAAUUUUGAUUCAUGAGUCAUGACUAUAUAAUUAUUUUGUUUAGUCUAGGAUUGAAUGUCAAACUAUUCACACUUGAUAUUCUAUUUUUAUGAGCUGAGCUUUUUUUUACAUAGGUACAAUAUACAUUUUAUAUUUACA